AAUUGGUUUAUAUACAUCAUUGGUUGACUGGUUAGUUUGAAAGCUAUCGCGAGAAAUGGAAGGGGUAUUUUUUUAAUGAUAUUUGAGCGUAAUCUUCCUUUUGUUGUAGCCAGACAUACGUUCUGCAGCCUACAACAAGCAUAUUAAUUAUAUUUCAUAGUCUUCAUACAGUAACAAAAUGGCUAAGGUAGAACUAACACCGCUGAGACCCUGGGACGAUUUCUUCCCAGGUUCUGACCGAUUUGCUAAACCAGACGUGAGAGAUCUACCUAAAUGGAACAACAGGGUUGUCAACAACUUGCUUUACUAUCAGACGAACUAUUUGGCGAUGGCUGUCAUGGUUUUCCUUAUUGUGGGGUUCCUGAACCCUAUGGAGAUGUUCAUGGGCAUGGCGGUGGUGUCAUUGGUCUUCCUGGGCUCAGUGUGGGCUGGAGAGAAUAAGGCCAUGAUCAAGGACUUUAAGCGGCAGAACCCCACAUUGUUUGUCAUGGCAGUGAUGCUUGCCAGCUACUUCCUCAUGUCUCUCUUCGAUGGCGUCAUGGUCUUCAUAUUUGGGAUCACGUUUCCUCUUCUCUUGAUCUUUGCACAUGCCUCAUUUCGCCUUCGCAACAUGAAGAAUAAACUGGAGAAUAAAAUGGAGGGGGCGGGGCUAAAGAAGUCACCAAUAGGUAUUCUACUGGAUGCACUGGGCCAGCAGGAAGAGAGUCUGCAAAAGAUCCAAGAAUUCUUGGAUGGAAAACUAAAGGAAGGAUGAGAACUCCACACAGACGCCGCAGUCCCUGUGUUGUCGUAGGUCCCCUAUCAGCCUCCCUGGCCUCUGACCGGAUGGGAAAGGAUUAUUUUGCACACCCCCUUUUAACGUGCAGUCUCAUUGCAUGCAGUCAAUGUUGAAUGGGAAUGAUUGUAAUACAUCUCAGCUUGUUUGAAGACUUCAGCUAGAAACCGUAUUGCCUAUUGCACAUGCAAGUGUAUGUGUGUCUAGACUAGAGAACAUGUGUUGAAAACACAAGCGUUAGUUUAACCUCAGGGUAUUUGUUACUCCACCCAAAACUUGUCAGAGCACUUUGUUUUUUAAAAGUAGUGAUGUCUGCAUCUCAAUAGUUCACAUGUGAGUCUUCCCCGAUGAAUGGAUUUCUGUGUGUAGUUGGGCAAGUGUUUCCAAAUCCUGUAUGCAAUAUUUAUACAACUUAUUUAUAUUUUGUGACCUUUGUAAAUAUAAGGAGUGAAAAUAUUGUGGCGUUAAAAGCAAAACUGUGACCGGACUGAUUGAGGUCACUUGGUUUGAAAAAUUAACAGAACUAGGUUUAUUGUUCCAUAGAUGAAUUCACAAUUUAUCUCGCAAAUUAAGCAGUAGGGAAUUAGCUUGUUAAAGUGCUGUGCAUUCUCCCUUUUACUGAUGCAAACAUUGCAAUGUGAAAAUGCUGAUUUGUGGAGAGUAGACCUUUACUUUGCUACUAAACUGUACUACCUUUCUUAUUGCUCUCAUUCCUCAGAUCUGGAGGUGUUUAAUCUAUGUUUAAUUAUUUUCAAUUAAGAGAAACAACUGACCGGCUUGGCUAUGAAGGAGAAAUUGUGAAAUCACUGUAAAUUAUUAGUUGUGAAUUUCUGUUUUCAACAAGUGUUAAAUAAAUACAGUACCAGUCACGUUUGGACACACCUACUCAUUCAAGGGUUUUUCUGGGGGUUUUCUAUUUUCUACAUUGUAGAAUAAUAGUGAAGACAUCAAAACUAUGAAAUAACACAAUCAUGUAGUAACCAAAAAUGUGUUUAAUCAAAAAAUAGUUUUGAUUUUUCAAAGUAGCCACCCUUUGCCUUGCUGACGGAUUUGCACAUUCUUCGCAUUCUCUCAACCAGCUACACCUGGAAUGCUUUUCCAACAGUCUUGAAGGAGUUCCAACAUAUGAUGAGCACUUGUUGGCUGCUUUUCCUUCACUCUGCGGUCCAACUCAUCCCAAACCAUCUCAUUUGGGUUGAGGUCGGGUGAUUGUGGAGGCCAGGUCAUCUGAUGCAGCACUCCAUCAUUCUCCUUGGUCAAAUAGCCCUUACACAGCCUGGAGGUGUGUUUUGUGUCAUUGUCCUGUUGAAAAACAAAUUAUAGUCCCACUAAGUGCAAAUCAGAUGGGAUGGCGUAUCGCUGCAGAAUGCUGUGGUAGCCAUGCUGGUUAAGUGUGCCUUGAAUUCUAAAUAAAUCACGACAGUGUCACCAGCAAAGCACCAUCACACCACCUCCUCCAUGCUUUACAGUGGGAAUCACACAUGCGGAGAUCAUCCGUUCACCUACACUAUGUCUCACAAAGACACGGCGGUUGGAAUAAAAAAUCUCACAUUUGGACUCAUCAGACUAAUGGACAGAUUUCCACCGUUCUAAUGUCCAUUGCUUGGGUUUCUUGGCCCAAGCAAGUCUCUUCUUCUUAUUGGUGUCUUUUAGUUGUGGCUUCUUUGCAGCAAUUUGACCAUGAAGGCCUGAUUCACGUAGUCUCCUCUGAACAGUUGAUGGUGAGAAAUGUUACUUGAACUCUGUGAAGAAUUUAUUUAGGCUGCAAUCUGAGGCUGGUAACUCUAAUGAACUUAUCCUCUUUUCUGGAUUGACUGACCAUGUUUUAAAGUAAUGGACUGUCAUUUGUCUUUGCUUAUUUGAGCUGUUCUUGCCAUAAUAUGGACUUGGACUUUUACCAAAUAGGGCUAUCUUCUGUAUACCACCCCUACCUUGUCACAACACAACUGAUUGGCUUAAACGCAUUGGAAGAAAAUAAAAAACAAGGCACACCUGUUGAUUGAAACGCAUUCCAGGUGACUACCUCGAAGCUGGUUGACAGAAUGCCAAGAGUGUGCGACGCUGUCAUCAAGGCAAAGGGUGGCUACUUUGAAGAAUCUCAAAUGUAAAAUAUAUUUAGAUUUGUUUAACACUUUUUUUGGUUACUACAUGAUUCCAUGUGUGUUAUUUUAUAGUUCUACAAUGUACAAAAUAGUACAAAUAAAGAAAAACCCUUGAAUGAGUAGGUGAGUCCAAACUUUUGGCUGGUACUGAAUAUGUUUCAAGCAGGAAACCAUAGUUCCUGAACCCAAGAACGCCAAGGUAACCUGUCCAAAUCACCCCAUAGCACUAACAUCUGUAGCCAUUAAAUGCUUAGGGUGUUUUUUUCUCACUGAAUUCAAAGGUUUAUUUAAUAACAACAUGGGACAGAAAGUAACCUGACAUUCUACGCUAAUAAAAGGACCAAACAAAAGAACCAA